CAAAUAAGGAUAUUUCUUAAUGCCUCUUUAUCACCCUCGAUAGGACUGAAACUCUCAUGCAGCAUCAGGUACGCUGAGAUGCGCUUAUUAGUCGUCUAUCACCUUCUUAACGGCCUUGAGCAAAACACUUUCUGCAAAUGUUCUGCACAGGUUGCUUAUCCAUAACGAUGGCUCCGAGUCUUGCGCAGUGCGGAGGGUUGUUAACUACCCGACGUCGUGCCUGUCCAUCAGGUUGCGGUGGUAAGCCUGCCUCGGACUUGAAACUUCGGCAACUUGAUCCGAGCCUGGGGACUCAUCAGAUCGGGGGUAAAUGGGGUAUCACUUUCUGUUUGAAACAUACGGGCCCAACUUGAUGCCGGAGUAUCACUUGUGAGAUCUAAUCACCGAGUGCAAAGUGGCGCUGGGUUAAGGACUGGCUGUUCGAGGGUUG